UGGGCGUGUUUCACGGAUUCCUCCGGACUCCACCCAGUCCUCUCCUCGACAGUUCGUGGAAAACCUGCUCCACAUCGACCCGACCGCUGCUGCCGCGCGGACUUGAAUAAAAGCGACCAGAAUCCUCUGUCCAGGCACCGGAAGUGACCCCCGAGAGGGAGACAGAGCCGUGGGAACGCAAGAAGCAGCUGGAACGCCUCGGGAUUUGGCGUCAUGUCCAGGUCAGACUACCCUCCAGGGUACGAGAACUCUCAUGGUCCGAUGUACCCACCCCAGGGUGGGGGCUACCCACCUCCACCUUCUUAUGGCUUCCCCUCCUAUGGUGGACCUCAGCCGGGUCAGCCUUUCGCUCCCUAUCCAAGCGGGCCUAAUGCCCCGCUCUUCCCGGGCCAGCCAGCGGAGUAUGCUGCCCCUCCGUACCCAGGACAGCCGCACCCUGGAGGACCUCCAGGAUCGGGCUACCCCGCCCCACCACCAAUGCCUCCAGUCAUGCCCCCCACCAUCCCAUCAGGAGUUCUGAGCUCAGACGAGGAGUUUGCGGCGAGCGGCAGCAACUGGGACGACAUGAGCAUUCGGCAUGCCUUCAUCAGAAAGGUUUACAUGAUCCUGGCCUCCCAGCUCCUCCUCACCACAGCCAUCGUUGCCAUAUUCACCUUCGUUUCACCGGUCCGAGAUUUUGUACGGAGAAACCAGGCCGUGUACUGGGCGUCAUAUGCUGUAUAUUUCAUCACCCACCUUGUGCUGGUUUGCUGUAAAGGCCCACGGAGGAAGUUCCCCUGGAACAUUAUUCUGCUGCUGAUCUUUACUCUGGCUCUGUCUUACAUGACUGGAACCAUCUCGAGUUUCUACAACACAAAAGCUGUGUUUCUGGCUCUCGGGAUCACCGCUGUUGUGUGCAUCGCUGUCACAGUCUUCUGUUUCCAGACAAAGGUGGAUUUCACCAAGUGCCAGGGCCUCUUCUGUGUCCUGGGGAUUGUUAUGUUUGUGACCGGCAUCAUUACAGCCAUCGUGCUUUCCUUCAAAUAUAUGUAUUGGCUUCACAUGCUGUACGCGGCGAUAGGAGCCAUAGUGUUCACUCUGUUCCUGGCAUAUCACACUCAGCUCCUGAUAGGAAACAGGAAGUACUCCAUCAGUCCGGAGGAAUACGUCUUCGCCGCGCUGUCCAUCUACGUUGACAUCGUCCAGAUCUUCUUGUUCCUGCUGCAGAUCAUCGGAUCUGUCACCAAAUGAGGCCGAGCGUUCCGGAUGGGAGCCCGAAAGCAAUACGUUGCUUUUUUGUCUGUUACAACUUUAACGAUUUUUUGCGGGGCGGGCGGGUAAAAAAAAUAUAUAUAUCAUAGCAUUUAUUAAGCUAUUGAACCAAUGCAGGGAUAGAAUCAAGUGGCUCAAUCUGAUUUUUGUUACUAUGUAUGGAGACAUAAAAACUACUUUUAUACUUGUAAUAUACAUAUUUAUACUAUACACUCGUCGUCUAGUGAUGAUAAACAGCCCUGUUUAAAUUCCACAUUUCUAUCAUGUGAAGCAUUAUAGAUCCAUUUUAAAACGUUUCCUGCCUUUUUAAUAAUCCAUGUCGAGAAUUCAGUUGAAAAGCAAAAUAAAAUUUACAAAACAUAAUGCAACAGCCAUCAUAUUUCAGUGUUUUGUACAGAUCUGUUGGGCGUUCUCUAGAUCUAGCCUGGGAUCAUUUAUAAAGUGGCACUAGCCCAGGGCUACAGUUUUUGAGGGUGCCUCCCAAUUUAUUUAUUUAUUUUUUUGUCAAAUUAUAUAACAGUCGUUCGUUUGUCCAGCAUUGGAUUGGAGUUUCCUUAUUAGGCAUGUUGCUGUCCAGUUGAAUCUCACGGGGAAUGAGAGCUGGAAGAAAAACCACCUCGGAAAAAAAAAAAAUCAGCUUAUUUUUUCGUCACAGCUCAACAUUUUAAUAGGCGUGUGUUUGCUAGAGAGUCACUGUAGAUAGCUGCUGUCUUUUUUUUCUCUUUGCAACAACUUAGUGACCUGAUUGUGCCACUAUCACCUGAAUCUACAGAAAUUUUUUUUCCUAAACAAACUACUUCACUAUGCGAGAUGUUGUCCUGUUGUGACUCAGAAACAGUCUGAGCCAGCAGGGUGGAGUUUCCCCCCUCAAACAACCGGUUACAUGUUUCAGCUAGCGGGGAAAAAAAAUACCCAAAAAACACUUCUGAUUUGCCCGACCGCACCCAGCUGCUGCUCCGGGCCAGAGCUGCAUGUAAUCCUUUUAUUAAAGCAACAGUGUCAAACACACAGCAUGUAAAGACCACAGAGUUGGGGUAAAUACACUUCACUCCUGAAGAUAAUGUGUUUGCAUUUUCAUAUAAAAUAAACUGUUUCCUUCUGUUUGCA